CUGAGCUGGGAGGUGGACCGCGAGGAGAGCAGUUGGCUGAUUAACCCUUUCCUGAGGCUGGUAGGGGCGGAGCUCCAUGGGGCUGAGGAGGGGGGCCCGGCCACACCGGCAGAGCCAUGGUGUCAUGGAGGGGAAUUUACUUUGUAUGCUCUCUGUUCCUGGGAAGCUUCUUUGGCAGCAUCUUCAUGCUGGGCCCGUUCCUGCCUUUGAUGUUGGUGUCGCCCAGCUGGUACCGAUGGAUAACAGACCGAAUCGUAGCUACAUGGCUGACGUUACCUGUGGCUUUGUUGGAGCUGGUCUUCCGCGCUAAAGUGGUCAUCACUGGGGAUGGAUUCAUCCCCGGAGAACGCAGCGUCAUCAUCAUGAACCAUCGCACCCGGCUGGACUGGAUGUUCCUGUGGAACUGUUUACUGAGAUACAGCUACCUCAGGCUGGAAAAAAUUUGCCUCAAAUCCAGCCUCAAAACCGUCCCAGGAUUCGGUUGGGCUAUGCAGGUCGCCUCUUUCAUUUUCAUCCGCAGGAAGUGGGAGGAGGAUAAAAGCCAUUUUGAAGCCAUGCUCGAUUAUUUUUGCGACAUUAAAGAACCUCUCCAAAUUCUCUUCUUUCCGGAGGGAACCGACCUGACAGCCAAUACCAAGUCCCGCAGCCACGAGUUUGCUGAGAAGAACUCGCUUGAGAAGUAUGAAUACGUCCUCCACCCAAGAACCACAGGGUUCACCUUCAUCGUGGAUCGUCUGAGGGAAGGCAACAACCUUGAUGCCAUCCAUGAUAUCACCGUGGCCUACCCUCGCAACAUUCCUCAGACAGAGAAACACAUUCUCAGUGGCGAUUUUCCGCGGGAAAUCCAUUUUCACGUUCGCAGAUACCCCAUCGAUAGCCUGCCGGUUUCCAAAGAGGAGCUUCAGCGUUGGUGCCAAGAGCGCUGGGAGGAGAAGGAGAACCGGCUGCGUGCCUUCUACGAAGGAGAGAGAUACUUUGACGUGACCGGACGGAGCAAAAUUCCGCCGUGCAAAACAGAAUUCCGGGUUCAUUUAAUAAAGUUUGCGUCUCUGCUCUACUGGACCGCCUUUACUGUGGCAUCCUGCUGCUGCCUCUUCAUGUACAGCUUCGUACGAUGGUAUGCACUAAUCAUGGUUGUCUUCUAUGUCCUCCAGGAGAAGAUAUUUGGGGGACUUGAGCUGAUCGAGCUGGCAUGCCACCGAUACCACGUCAAGAGGCAAAGUUCAGCGAGCAAAAGGGCAUAAUGCAGGGUUUGAGUCUUUAAGGGGCUCUCUUGUUUUUUCAUAAACUUACC